AUGAGUAAGAGCCUCGUUUGGACCCCUUGGUUGCUGCUGCCACUGCUGCUGCUGUCGGCCAGUCCCUGUGACUCGGCGAGGAUCCUGGGCCUGCUGAGCACGCCUUCUCGCAGCCACCACAUCUUCAACCGCGCCCUCAUGCUGGAGCUGGCAGCCAGGGGGCACUACGUUACCGUCCUCAGCCCGGACCCCGAGGACCGUCCCGUGCCCAACCACAGGGACAUCGUGUUGGACGGAGUGUACGAAGAAGAGUACAACUACGAGGUCGUCCCUCACCUCAGCUACUCUCAGGAAGUGGUCGAGUUCUUCGAGUGGGGUCUAGCGACUUGCGACAAGGCCCUGAAAUCAGACGGUGCGCGCCAGUUGAUGAAGCUGACCGAAAACGAGACCUUCGACUUGAUAAUCGCCGAAGUUAUGGUGCAGGAGUGCCUUCUUCCAUUCGUAUCCAAAUUCGGAAACCCUCCAAUUGUCGGUAUCACAGCGUAUGGUAUCCCUCCCUGGGCUAACGACCUGGUGGGAAACUAUCAGAACCCGUCCUUUGUGAACACAUUCAACCUGCCAUACUCCUACCACAUGACAUUUCUGCAGAGACUGACGAAUUUCCUGCUCGACAUGUUCGUCUGGUACUAUCGGAAUUACGUGUACAUGCCGAAGCAAGAUCGAAUCAGCCGUCAGUUCUUCGGUGAGUCUGUACCACUGCCCAGCGAGAUCGAGAAGAACAUUAGUUUAGUUUUGGUGAACGCGUACCUGGGUACACACUACCCUCAGCCUCAUGUCCCGGCCGUCGUACCAGUGGGUGGUAUGCAGAUCAGACCACCUCAACCACUCCCAAAGGACCUACAGAAUUACCUGGACUCUGCGCCCCAGGGCGUCAUAUACAUGUGCUUGGGCACGAAUGUGCGAAGCGACAAGUUGGGGGAGAACCAGCUGCGAGCCUUCCUGGAGGCCUUCCGGGAGCUGCCCCAGAAGGUGCUCUGGAAGUGGGAGUCACUCUCCCUGCCAGGGCAGCCACCCAACGUCAAGAUCAUCAAGUGGGCUCCCCAGAACGAUAUUCUCGCGCACCCUAACGUGAAGGCGUUCGUCAGCCACGGCGGAAUGCUGAGCACGUCUGAGGCGGUGCAGCACGGGGUGCCGGUGGUGGGCGUGCCCUUCUUCGCGGACCAGUACGUCAACCUGCGAAGGGUUGUGGCGCGCGGAGGGGCGCUACAGCUGGACAAUCUGAACCUCACCAAGGAGUCUGUGCUCAAGGCGCUGACUCAAGUGCUCAUAGAUCCCAGUUACAGAGACCGCAUGAAGCAGCUGUCGGCCAUCUACCGGGACCGUCCGCAGACAGCCCUGGAGACGGCCGUCUGGUGGACGGAGUACACCCUGAGGCACCAGGGGGCGCCCCACCUGCGCUGCGCCUCGCUGGACCUCCACUGGUUCCAGCGCUGGCUGCUUGAUGUCAUCGCCUUCCUCCUGGUGGUCGCCAUCAGUGGCUGCACCGCUGCCCACCUUAUAGUGAGGAGGCUUCUCUCUGUGCUCCAGGCCAAGGGGAGAAAGCUCAAAACCACCUGA